GUCUGUAAGAAAGUUUUUAAAGGGAAAUCAAGUUUGGAAAUGCAUUUUAGGACACAUUCAGGUGAAAAACCCUACAAAUGUCAAAUCUGUAAUCAGUCUUUUAGAAUUAAGAAAACAUUAACAAAACACAUGGUUAUUCAUUCAGAUGCUCGACCUUUUAAUUGCCAACACUGCAAUGCAACAUUUAAACGAAAAGACAAGCUGAAAUAUCAUAUUGAUCAUGUUCAUGGAUCAAAGGCUGCAGAAGAGGCCUUGACAUCUUCUUCAGAGGAAAAGCUAGUCUCCUUACCAGUGCAGUACCGCUCUGAUGACAAAGUUUACCAAACUGAGACUAAACAGUACGUGGAACAGUCCAAAGCAUAUCAAUCAGAAGCCAAAACUUUGCUCCAGAAUGUAUCUACAGAAGUAUGUGUGCCUGUGACUCUGGUACCAGUUCAGAUGUCUGAUCCGCAAGCUGAUCUGGUACAGCAUACUACUCAGUCGCAUGGCAUUCUUCCUCCACAACCUGAGCAGACAGAUUACCAACGAGCAACAGAUCUAUCAUUUCUAGAGAAAUACACUCUUACUCCACAACCUGCAAAUAUUGUUCAUCCCGUAAGGCCUGAGCAAAUGUUGGAUCCUAGAGACCAGUCAUAUCUUGGAACUUUACUGGGGCUAGAUACAGCUCCUACUGUACAGAAUAUUUCGAACAAUGAACAUCCGUGAUCAGACCAUAACAUUCCACCUAAUUUACUAAGCUAUUGGCCAACAGAAGGCUGAUAUGGCAAUUAAGAUUUAUAUUUUAUAUUUUAUUUGGACUCAUGAGUCUUCUGCAUAGUUUUGGAAAAAAACAGGUUUGUGUACUUAACAUUUGAACAUUU